AUGUCAUCAUCCAGAAAACUCACGAUCCUCAUAACUGGCUGCUCGCCGGGUGGCACGGGCGCGGCGCUUGCGGUGACCUUCCACGCAGCCGGACAUCACGUCUACGCCACGGCGCGCAACCCAUCCAAGCUGUCCUCGCUCGCGUCACAGGGUAUCGAAACCCUGCCUCUGGACGUGACAUCAGCAGCCUCAAUCGCAUCUGCCGUCGACGUCGUGACGAAGUCUCUCUCCGAGAAGUCAACACCCACAGACGCAGCUGUCUCAGGGAGGCUAGAUAUGCUCAUCAACAACGCCGGUGGCCACUACACAACCCCCCUCGCGGACGCAUCCCUGGACUCGGCAAAAGCUCUCUUUGACCUCAACGUGUGGGCGCAACUCGCUGUCACACAAGCUUUCCUGCCUUUACUACUACGUUCUGCCUCCUCCCCUACCUCCUCCACCGCCAGUGGCCCCGCCACCCCGAUGAUAGUAAACCACACCUCCGUCGGGUCCAUGACUCCCAUGCCAUUCCAGGGCCUCUACAGCGCCUCCAAGGCCGCCCUAGCCCGCCUCUCCGACAGCAUGCGGCAAGAGCUCUCCUGCCUCGGGAUCCGCGUGGUCGAGCUCAAGACCGCCGGCGUGCGCACCAAUUUCAUCCGCAACAGCAACACCAACAACGUCGAGGGCCGGGCGUUGAAGUUGCCCGAUGGGUCGCUCUACGAGCCCGCGCGCGAGCUUGUGCAGGGGAUUAUGAGCCAGGAACAGCAUGCCGAAACGGGGAUUUCGGCGGAGCAGUGGGCGGAGGGCGUGGUAGGCGAUUUGAUGAGGCGGAGUCCGCCGCCGGUCAUCUGGAGGGGUGAGAACGCGCUGCUGGCUAGGGUGGCGAGUGUGUUGCCGGCUUGGGUGUUUGAGGGGGUGUUGAAGAGGAUGAUGGGGAUGGAUGAGGUGGAGAAGAUCAUGAGGGAGAGUAGGAGGUGA